CUAACCCGACUCUAUUCAAGCUAACUUUGAAUUGUUGUGAGUUUUUCUGAGUGGUGUAAUCAGUGUUGUUUUUGAUGCAGCUCCUCUUGUUCUGUAGUGACACCCUACCAAAGACAUCACACAGUGUCACCAAUGUUUUGCUGAUGUUGUUUGUAAAUGUCUUAACUGCAGCACCCCGAGGAAACCCUGAGGCCUGUACUACAAGGCAGGGUGUGGGCUGAUCUGGGUAACUCUAGAGUUCACUCUGAGCCUUCUGUACUAUGAAGCAAGUUCAACAUAUCCAGAGUAUCUUUUCAUGACCUGGAAGCACUUCCCCUAACACUGACGGGUUUGUACGAAAGUGGGGCUGCUUCCGGACCGUUCACAACAUGUUAAACGUCCCGACCCAGUCCUUUCCGGCACCGAGCUCCCAGCAGCGGGUCUCUCCGUCCGGCCAGUCCGGGAGGAACAAGGUGGCCUUGAAGCCGGGCCACAGUCUCAUGGACUGGAUUCGGUUUGCCAAGAGUGGAAAAGAUCUUACUGGACUCAGAGGGCGCCUCAUUGAAGUUACUGAGGAAGAACUGCGGAAACACAACAGGAGAGAGGACUGCUGGACCUGCAUACGAGGUAUGGUGUAUAAUGUGAGUGCCUACAUGGACUACCACCCUGGUGGAGAAGAGGAGCUGAUGAAGGCAGCAGGAGUAGAUGGAACUGAACUCUUUGACCAGGUCCAUCGCUGGGUCAACUAUGAGUCUAUGCUGAAAGAGUGCCUGGUGGGCAGGAUGAGCACCAAGGCCGCCACAGCUGUUAGAGCAAUCCUCCCUCCCCCACCUGUGACUGGCCUCGCCUCACCGACUUCAGUGGCUCCUCUUCCAGACAAAGACUCUCGCCCUCGGUACGAUUGGUUCCAGACUGAUGGCACUGUUCAUCUGGUUGUUUAUACCAGAAGAAAGAUACCCAGCUCAGGCUGUACCACUGUCGAUCUAAAGGCAGGUGUUCUUCGACUGGAGGUGCUGCUGGGGAAAAUGUCCUACAUGAUUCAUUUGCGUCUUUCUGAUGAAGUUGAGGAAAAUGUUGCAGUUCACACUGCUUUCUCCGUGGGAAAGAUCCAGGUUAGCAUACGCAAAGGUGCUCACGGAAAAUGGGCGAGUCUCGGUCAACCUCUGGAGUCCCAUAAUACGUUUGUACGCCAAAAGGACCGAGCUCUCUUCUAUCGGGAUUGUGUGUUGGUGUCUAAGACUGAGGUGAACCACAACACUUACCUGUUCAGACUGCAGCUCCCUGCUGGGACUGUCAUGCAUGUGCCAGUCGGGAAACACGUCUGUCUGAAAGCGCUCGUCCAAGACGUGGAGGUAGUGAGGCCGUACACUCCAGUGGAGCACAUAUUUCCAGCAGCUUCUAAGAACGGGUCACAGGAAUCAGACCUCUACCUCAUGAUCAAAGUCUACCCUGGUGGAGCGUUCACCCCACACCUCAGCAGCCUGAGUGUCGGUGACCGUGUGGCCGUAAGUGGUCCAGAAGGCACCUUCAGUCUCCGCCCUCUUCGUGAUGUUACAAACCUCUACUUAAUAGCUGCAGGCACAGGCUUCACGCCCAUGGCUCGUCUCAUCCGUGCGGCCCUCGAAGACAUCGAAACCAUCGGAAACACAAAGCUGCUCUUUUUUAACCGACGAGAAGAGGACAUUCUUUGGCGCUUUGAACUGGAUGAACUGGCUGCUAAUAACGGCAGGUUUCAGGUGGAGCAUGUCCUCUCUGAGCCCAGUGAACGCUGGACCGGCCGGAAAGGUCCGGUGAACGAGCCCAUCCUUACUGAGCUGCUGUCCAGGCCUGAUGGGUCCAAAUGCUACGUGUGUGUCUGUGGCCCUGCAGCCUUCACAGAGCUAACACUCGGGUUGUUGAAGCAUCAGGGCUUCAGUGAGCAGGAGCUCCACGCCUUCCAGGGUUGACGUGAAGGGAACACUGUGUUUCUAUGCAUCGAGAACUUGAUGAUGCUGAUACGUUUGAGGUGCUCUGAGGAACGUCAUAUAAAUAAAGAGAAAUAUCACU